AUGGUCUCCCCCAUCGCUCGAUCCACUAGUCUAUUGUCUGGGAGCGCCCUCAGAUCCGCGUUCCAUAAGGCUGCGGCUCCGAUGAUAUGCUCCGCGACUAGAAACUUGUCUACAUCAGCGCCUGCGAGGAAGGAGGUCACCACAUUACUCCAAGAUAAGGAGAAUGGAUUCGGGUUUGCGCGGUCGAACCCGAGACCCAAGAAGCCGAGGACGAAGGGCGUUACUGAAAUUCGGGGACCAUAUUAUACGGUGAUGGGCAAGAGAUACCUGGCAGAUGUGCUUGAGACGAUGGGUACACAUGUCGAUGGACUCAAAUUCGCGGGAGGGUCUUUCUCACUCUUCCCGGAAAAGCCGUUGAAAGAGUUGAUAGAUCUCGCGCAUGAACAUGAUGUUUAUGUUUCGACGGGAGGAUGGGCGGAGCAUCUUCUCACACACCCAGAUCCAAACACAGUGUUCGACAAAUAUCUCCAGAAGUGCAAAGAUCUCGGAUUUGACGUGAUCGAACUCUCAUCUGGAUUCCUCUCAAUCCCACAAGAUGAUUGGCUUCGCCUGGUCGACAAAGUCCACUCAUACGGCCUGAAAGCAAAGCCAGAGCUCGGCAUCCAGUUCGGUGCCGGCGGCGACACACCAGCGGCCGACCUGGAGGCAAUUGGCACCUCUGAUCCGGGAAAGCUAGUGAAUCUGGGCCGCAAGUUCCUGGAAGCAGGUGUUGAGCGCUUGAUGAUUGAGUCGGAGGGAAUUACAGAGAACGUGACGUCGUGGAGAACGGACGUGGUUUCCACGAUAAUGAAAGAGCUUCCGCCUGAACGGGUCAUGUUCGAAGCGGCGGAUCCCAAGGUUUAUACUUGGUACCUAAGGGAGUUCGGGAUCGAUGUCAAUGUUUUUGUCGACCAUAGUCAGAUCGUUCAGCUGUCAUGUCUGCGCCAUGGGAUAUGGGGUACGGCAGAUACUUUUGGCAAGCUUGUGUCUUUCAGGCCGGAGUAG